CAACCAAAAAAGUAGCUUAAGGAACUUUAUAUAAAGCACAAGUUACUUAGUGCAUACCCGUAGGGUAGAAGAACUAUCAGCCAUUUGUACCAUAUCGAGAGAUUGAUAAUUCAAUUUGUGAAAAGAUCAAAUGGAAGCCAUUUGUAUGGUUUUUCUAGUGAUAUUGCUGAUGGGUUUGUCAGCAAAAGCACAAGGAGGAUUGAAGACAGAUUUUUAUUCUUCUUCAUGCCCAAAAGCUGAGGCCACAGUCAGGUCAACUGUUGAAGCACACUUCAAAAAGGAUCCUACUAUUGCAGCUGGCUUGCUCAGGCUUCAUUUCCAUGAUUGCUUUGUUCAGGGUUGUGAUGGAUCCAUUUUGAUAGUUGGGGCUUCUGCUGAGACAAAUGCAUUGACAAACCAAGGGUUACGAGGGUUUGAAGUUAUUGAUGAUGCAAAAACACAGCUAGAGGCCUUCUGCCCCGGGGUUGUCUCUUGUGCUGAUAUACUUGCAUUGGCUGCUCGUGAUGCCGUUGCUUUGAGUGAUGGUCCAAGUUGGGGAGUACCAACUGGAAGAAGAGAUGGUAGAAUAUCUUCAUCGUCUCAAGCCUUAAAUUUACCGACUCCUUUAGAUUCUGUUGCCGUCCAGAGGCAGAAGUUCAUGGCUAAAGGGUUAGAUGAUCAUGAUCUUGUUACACUAGUCGGGGGGCAUACCAUAGGCCAAACAGACUGUUUAUUCUUCAGAUACCGUCUAUACAACUUCACAACAACUGGGAAUGCAGACCCAAGCAUAAACCAAGCAUUCUUGUCACAGCUACAAUCUCUUUGCCCCCAAAAUGGGGAUGGCUCAAAAAGAGUCUCUUUGGACAAAGACAGUCAGUUCAAAUUCGAUGUGAGCUUCUUCAAGAACGUGAGGGAUGGGAAUGGGAUUCUGGAGUCAGAUCAGAGGCUUUGGGGCGAUUCAGCGACUCGGAAAAUCGUCCAGAAUUAUGCAGGAAAUGUAAGAGGACUGCUGGGCUUUAGAUUUGAUUUUGAGUUUCAGAAAGCUAUGAUCAAGAUGAGUAGCAUUGAGGUCAAGACUGGUGCACAAGGGGAGAUUAGAAAGAUUUGUACAAAGUUCAAUUAGCUACUUAACUUGUGUAAAACACAAGGUUUACUCUCAAUAAAAUAAAGUAACUUACAGAGAAGCCUUCUAUAAGAUUCCUUAUUUGUGACACUAUGAAUUAAGUACUUGUAAGCAACCAUUAUGAAGUACGGAUAAUGGUCGGGCCCUAUCUCACGAGUC